AGGCGCCCAAGGAGCCUCCCACUUCUGACAGGAAACCCUCUAAUCCUCCAGGGACCCAUCUGCCUGCUACCCUCACCAUCACUUAAAACACAGCUCCCGUCUCCAGCCUGCCCCACCACCUGCCUUCACCUCACACACCACAAACAUCCUGGGAACGCAGGACAUAGAUGAAGCUCCCCAGAGGUGUUUGGGGAGGGUCUCUGAAACAGUGUACAAGGGGGUACGACUGCCCCCAAAGGCUUCCUCGAUGCUCCUGCAGUGGCCAGACGCCCCCCGCCCCGAGGGGAAUCACAUGUGCAGGGCCCCAACAUGUGCCAGGAUCUGGGCUAGCCACCGCUGUGCUUCCAGGAGUCAAUCCAACAGCCUCGAAAGAUGGGCAUCUCCUCUCACGUAAAAUGAGGAAAAGAAACAGACUCAGAGAGGCAAAGUGAGACACGUCCAUGUCACGGAAGCGGGAAGGGGGCAGGCGGCAUCGAAACAAUGCCCCCUGGAGCGGCAGCUGACCAACGGAGAGCAGUUACCCUGUGGAAGAGGAGACACGGGAGGCACAUGCCAGCUGCCGUCCAGGUCCCGAAGGCCCGCGAGGCAGAAGAGGGCUACAAGUGUCCUGUGUGACCACGGGCGGGACCAAUGAGGUGAGGAGGAGGUCCCACCUUACAACGAUCAGCGCUGCUCCAAGAAGGAAGACGGUAGGCUGCCAUAGCAGGUGGGAACCCCCCAUCUCACCAAGAGAGGCUCACAAAAAGGCUGCAUGCCAAAAGGAGUGCAGGGAGCCAGGUACAGGGUAAAAGGUUCAAGCAGACGACCUUCAAGGUAGUUCUAAGACAGCUCUACUGUGGCGGGAGUCCCAGCAGUGACCGGCUUCCAAGACUGCAGCCAUCUCAGGAGAACCUGCCUGGCCCCGACCCAGGACGAGGCAGCAGUAAUUAGAUCCUCAGGUCUGGCACGAGCCCCUGGCCACCUGUUACCCUCCCUUGGAUUAGAGCUGCCUUGGUGAACAAGUUCAGGCUGGGUUGGCACAAGCUGUCCCUGGUCCAUCUCUGAAGAGGCACUUGCUCCCUUGUGUCCACUGAUGGGCUGAGGCCGGAGGGGAAAGACACUGACAUCGAGCACGCCCCAACUCACAGUCCCAGCCUGGACCUUCCCCUUCAGCCUGUCGGGCACCCUUGGACAGGAAGAAGCUCUCAGUCAGGGGCCUGGAGGGCUGAGUUGCCACAUAGCUGGGGCAGGGGUAGGGGCAGAGGGGACUCUCCUGGCCUGAACCAGCAGAGGAGGGGCUGGUAAACCAGGCUGAUCCCAUCCUGAGAGGAUCCCCUUGGGAAAAACUGCAGGAACACAACGUCAUCUCUUCCUCCUCAAAGAACACUGAAUGAGUAAAGAAAUUGGGCUGGGGGGGGGCCCUGAAGGGGCUCAGACCACCUCCCCAUUAGCUCUCACCUCCAGCUGACCCUAGCUAGAAGCCCCCAUGUGCAUGCUGGAAGAAGAACCUGAUCCUUCUGCCCCACAUAUGAUGGGAGGCAAGAGUACCAGGCUGGAAUCCUAAAGCCCAGUCUCCCUGCUGGGAACUGGGGAGGCACCCAAAGUCCUGAAGGACCCAGGGGUCACCAGGGGAGCUGUGCCAGCCCUAGGCGCCCCAGCAAAACCAGGAGUGGUGCCUGAGACAAAGGAAUGUAACAGUGAAGUCACCCCACCUCGAAGUCGGGAACCCUGGCCAACCGUGGCCGGCUGACAGACCUCUCCUGUGUCUGGCUGUGCUGGGCAGCCCCCAUGGCAGGGCCUCGGGCUCCCUGCCGUCACCAGCUUCCCCCACCACAGGUGGUGUCAGCUGGGUCGGGGCUGAGGGCCCCAGUGGUUCCCUCCCCGCUCAUGAGCCACAGGGGUACAGGGGUGAGACCUGACGAACUCGUUCUGCGGGCUGCAGGUGGGUGGGGCCUCCCAGCCCUGUCUCUGCUCAGCACUCCCGGCAGGAGCCCGGCAGGAGCCCGGCAGGAGCCCGGCAGGAGCCCGGCAGGAGCCCGGCAGGAGCCGGCGCACCAUGGCAGCUGCCAGCUUUGUGCAGGAGAUGCGCUCCAUGGGUGAGAAGCUGCUGCUCAAGCUGCAGAGACUACCGCAGGCCGAGCCUGUGGAGAUCGUGGCCUUCUCGGUCAUCCUCCUUUUCACAGCUACCGUGCUGCUGCUGCUGCUGAGCGCCUGCUGCUGCUGCCACGCUGAGCGCAGACGCGGGAAGGUCCAUGCCCGGCCCGUAACCCCACCGUGAGGGGCAGACAUGAGGACG